CUGAGAUCGAGAAAUUCGCGCACAGAAGCCAUGACGAUUCGCCCUGAGCCAAUGUCGGUACACGUGGGGUGCGCCGCUUGCCACGAUUCACCCAAAAGCAAUGACAGAAUCAGGUUUAGCUCGCCCCGCGUUUUUGUUGAGGCAACCUGGCGCAAGGUCCAGAACCUCGAAACGGUGAGAGCUCAAGGCCUUCUCUGGUGGCCAAUUUCCAUCGUCAUCAACACUGUUGUCUUCAUUGCUUCUUGUCAAAGUGUCUAGGCUGCGACUAACUACUGACUGCUUUUUUCAUCUGACCCUCAAGCUGUAUUUCGCCGCUAUUCCGGACCUCCCGUCACCCUGAAAACCGCACAAUUUCGUUGUGAUGACGGUGAGGCGCAAAUAUACACCAGAGGUUCUCUUGAGCGCUCCAAGGCGAUCGGCAGCUAUUCCCAGUCCAGAUGGAAAGCUAGCCCUGUACACUCAAUCCAUAUAUUCAUUUGAAACCCACACCAAGACCACAGAAAUCCAGGUCCUAGACCUCGUUCACGGCCAGGCUGUCGUCAUUAGUAAGGAUCCCAAGGUCAGCGAGCCUAAAUGGACCGGCCAUGGUCACGAAAUUGUUUGGUUGAGGGAAUGCGAUAAUGGCAACACGAGUUUUGUCAUCGCUGACGCAGCUCUUCCUGGCCGAGUCUAUACGGCAGGCACUGUUCCAGGCCCAGUAUCAGGUCUUAAACUGUUCACUGUCGAGGCUGGUAAGAUUGCUAUAGCUGUGGCAGCUUCUGCCAACCCAGAUGGCAGUCUCUAUAACCCCAAAGACGUCAAGAAGACUGUAUCCUCCGCUCGAGUAUACGAUUCUCUCUUCGUACGCCACUGGGAUUCCUACAUCACCGAACAACGCAAUGCUGUAUUCACUGGUCUGCUCCAAAAAUCGCAGCCAGUGGUUACUUCACGUCAAGGCCGCUAUCAUCUACUAGGCUUUACAAAUGCUCUCAUCGGAACUGCUCUCGAGUGCCCAAUCCCUCCAUUUGGAGGCACUGACCACUUCGACAUCGGCGCUACCGGUCUGGUGCUAGUUUCCAAAGAUCCUACUAUUGACCCUGCUACGCACACCAAAUGUGAUGCCUAUUUCAUCGCAAAGAAACAUGACUUGGACGCAACAGCUAGUUCCUUUCACAAAAUACACGUCCCAGGCCUGAAAGGAGCUGCGUCGUCACCAGUCUUUUCACCCGAUGGCCUGUCCUUUGCCUUUCUCAAGAUGGCCACAGAUGGCUAUGAGAGCGACAAAAAUCGAAUCAUUCUUGUUAAUGGCCUUCAGAGUGGCGAACUGCAAGCCCAAGAGUUGUUGCAUACUAGUGACAUUACCGGUGGCUGGGAUAGGUCGCCGAGUACAGUGAAAUGGUCGGUUGACGGGAAGACUCUCUUUCUCGAGGCCGAGGAAUUGGGAGUCGGUUCUUUGUUCGCUCUUGAUCUUGACGUGGCUGCAUCGGGAGCUACAUUCUUACCUCGAAGACUGACUCGAGGAGGUUACAUCAUCGACUUUGCGCCCCUUGCGAGCAACUCCAAUCUGUUGUUUGUCUCAAGCAACAGCCUCGUGGACAACAGUACUUACACCGUCAUCGACCCGUCUGGUGAAUCCCAGCCAGUAGUGGUCUCUUCACUUUCACGAGAAGGAUCCUUGUUUGGUCUUUCGCCUGAACAGGUCUCAUCCAUCUGGUGGAAGGGAGCUAACGAUCAUCCCGUUCACGCUUGGAUGAUGCGACCUUCGUUCUUCAAAUCCGACCAAAAAUACCCCUUGGCGUACAUGAUUCACGGUGGGCCUCAAGGUGCGUGGAACGAUCAAUGGUCCACCCGCUGGAACCCAGCUGUGUUCGCCGAGCAAGGCUACGUAGUGAUUUGUCCAAACCCAACAGGAUCCACCGGCUACGGCCAAGCAUUUACCGACGCAAUCCGCAAUGAAUGGGGUGGGCUUCCCUACGAGGAUCUGGUCAAAGGAUUCGAGUAUAUCGAGUCGGAGCUUGACUAUGUUGACACUAGCCGAUCAGUGGCUCUCGGUGCCAGUUAUGGGGGAUAUAUGAUGAAUUGGAUUCAGGGCCACGACCUAGGUCGCAAAUUGAAAGCUAUCGUCUGUCAUGAUGGCGUCUUCAGCAUGACCGGCCAACUCGCCUCAGAGGAACAAUACUUUCCUAUCCAUGAUCUUGGUGGGCCUAUCUGGGACCGACAAGAUCUGUACGACAAAUGGGAUCCGAGCCGAUUUACCAAAAACUGGGCGACGCCGCAGCUCGUAAUCCAUAACGAGCUGGACUACCGUCUCACGAUAAGCGAAGGACUAAGUGCUUUCAACGUGCUGCAAAUGAGGGGCGUCGAAAGUCGAUUCCUUAGCUUUCCAGACGAGAAUCACUGGGUUUUGAAGCCGGAGAACAGUCUGGUUUGGCAUCUAGUGGUCAUCAAUUGGAUCAACAAGUUUGUCGGCCUACCCAAGCUGGUCGAUCGUCAAGGCAGGGACGGGUCUUCUUUCUGUCGCCAAGCACGACGGCGGAGAGGAACAAACAUCGUCACGCGACUCGGAGCAGCAAAAAUCGGCCAGUGAAUGACGAUGAUCCCAUGAGCAAUGUGGCGCUUUGGAGGGUAUUCAUGAUUUGAGUAGCGAGUUUGGCCAUUUAUCGACAGAGCAUGUGCAGUACUGCCGUUUUGGAGAACAUUGAGAUCAUAGCAUUUAUAGCAUAAUCACCCAAAUUAUUGAGAACAAAUA